AUGCCGCCAUCCCACUUUGGUGCAGAGACGACCGCACAGGAAGCGGCCGAGUAUUACAGCGACAAGAUCAAGGGCAAGGUCGUGCUCAUCACCGGCGGUCAGUGUGGUCGAGUCAAGCUGCGACAACCAAUCUGGCGAGGCUCACACUAACCGCCCAAUGUGGCUUUGCCGACCAUGGUCUGCUAGGUUCACCGGGUGGAUUAGGUGCCGAAGCAGCUAGGGUGAUUGCGUUACACAAUCCCAAACGCAUCAUCUUGGCCGGUCGGUCCACAACGAAGUACGUCGAACGGAAGACUGAAGCCCCACACGACUCGAUCGGAGUCCGAGGAACCCAAACCCCAGACAGGUUCCGGGGUUUCGCAUAUGACACAACUCACUCUCGAACGUUCAUUCAGUAUCGAAAAAACGAUCAAGGAAAUUCACUCCGAAACCCCUUCGGCUCCCUUGAGGCCGCUCAUCAUCGACCUCGCCUCGCUGUCGAACGUCCGCGAAGCCUCCAAGGAGGUGCUCGCUUACAGAGAGACCAUCGACGUCCUCAUCAAUAACGCCGGUAUCAUGGGCUUGGAACACUACACCAAAACCUUCGAUGUCUACGAGGCGCAAUUUGCGACGUGCCACUUGGGUCAUUUCCUCUUCACGGGGCUGAUCCGACCUCGUUUGGCGGACAAGUGCCGAAUUGUCAACGUCUCUUCGAGGGGACAUGUCUGCGGUCCCGUGCGGUUCGACGAUAUCAACUUUGGGGACGGGAAGGCGUAUGAUCCUUGGUUGGGGUAUGGCCAAGCCAAGACGGCCAAUAUGCUCUAUAGCGUCGAGCUCAAGGAACGAUGGGAUGUGCCGACCUUCUCACUUCAUCCAGGUGGGAUCAUGACGAAUCUUACUCGGGAUUUGUCCUUGGAGCACAAAAAGUCGGCAGGGAUCAUUGACGAAGACGGGAAUAGAAAGGCAGGGAACUCAGAGUCCAAGGACGUCCCUCAAGGGACUUCAACGUGAGUGCCACCAUUCGCUGGAGUAAUCUGCCCAAAACGGGGGCGGCGGCUGACCGACGUCGUGUCGACACUCGGUGCAGGCAUAUCGUUGCGGCAUUCGACGACGAAAUCCUAGGUAAGGCUUGAACUUCAUACCGAUUUGACAACCUUAUGACGCCCCCUCUGACAUGGCAAGCUCUUUCUCUCUCGCCUAGAGUCAAAUGGCGGCUACCUCGAAGAUUGCCAACUCGCCGACGACGUCGCCAAAGAGUACGCUCUGUCGGAGGAGAACGCCGCCAAGUUGUGGGAGCUGAGUGAACAGAUGGUUGGGGAACAGGUUUGA